UGCCGUGUGGCAUGGCGACUCCGGACUCGCGAGGAUCGCACACAGGAUACAGUAACUGGCGGCAAUCGGCGUGUUUAAUUCGGUGGUGGAUAACGGCGCAAUAAGGACGAUAUUGUGUUAAAGUUACCGCCGAGACAUGGAGAUGCUUGCGAAUUUUGUGAAGGAGCAUUUCCUCGGGGCGACUAUAUCUAUGAUGUUGCUGUUACAGUCGUGGAAUUAUUAUUUAGACUGGCGUCAGAGAAAACUGUUACAACGUUUAGUGGAUUUUCCAAAAUCAGUUGAAGGUAUUAUGACCAAAGAUACAUAUGACAAGGCUCGUGCUUAUGCAUUAGACAAGAAUAGCUUCGGUAUUGUCGCUAAUAUACAUUCUGACGUUAUUAACGUGAUACUUCUGUUAGCUUAUGGGCCUUAUUUUAUUUGGCAAUGGAGUGUGGAAAUAGCUAAGCAUUGCAAUCUUGAUUAUGAGAACGAGAUACUCAUAAGUCCCAUAUAUGCGACCGUUGUAAAUUUAAUCUUUAAAGUGCUCAAUCUUCCAUUAGCAAUAUAUCAUGUUUUUGUUUUGGAGGAGAAGCACGGCUUUAACAAGCAGACAGCUUGGUUUUUCAUUAAAGACAUGAUUAAACAAUUCCUCGUGUUUGAAUUAAUCAUGUCACCUAUUCUAAGCCUGAUAGUCUGGAUUACUAAGAACGGCGGUAGUUACUUUUACUUGUACUUAUGGAUGCUGAUAGUGGUGUUCACGUUGCUUGUAAUGGUAAUAUAUCCAGGAGUGAUUGCACCACUAUUUGACAAGUACACGCCAUUACCUGAUGGCGAAUUGAAACAAAAGAUAGAGGAAUUAGCGGCCUCUUUAAAGUUUCCCUUGCAAAAGCUGUUUGUAGUGGAGAACUCGAUGAGAUCGACACACAGCAAUGCCUAUAUGUAUGGCUUUCACAAACACAAAAGAAUCGUUCUUUUUGAUACGCUCAUUAAGGGAUAUUGCAAGAAAAAUGAUGAUGAAAAUCAGGAUAAGAAUAAGGAUAAGGGUUGCGAUACGAACGAAAUAUUGGCGGUGCUGGCACAUGAAUUGGGUCAUUGGAAGCAUAAUCACACCGUCAAGAGAUUCAUAUUUGCACAGAUAUUUGUUGCAGUCAAUAUUUUGAUGUUUGCAAAACUCAUGGGAAAUUCCCUGAUGUACAGAGCUUUCGGCUUUAUCGACUGUCAGCCGAUUUUAAUUGGCUUCAUGAUAGUAAUAACGUAUAUUAUGAUUCCAUUGAAUACAAUUAUCGGUUUUAUUAACAUAGUAGCCCAGCGCAAAUUUGAGUUCCAAGCGGACAAAUUCGCCGCGACGUUAGGCCAUGGCCAGUAUCUAAAAACAUCAUUGUUAAAAUUACAAGAAGAUAAUUUAGAAUUCCCUUUAUAUGAUAAGUUGUAUUCCACUUGGCAUCAUUCGCAUCCACCUGUCAUCGAACGUAUAGAAGCGAUAAGUGAAAUAAUACGUAAAGAAAAUUAAAAUUUUAUCCAUAAUUCCACGUAAGAAGUGAUGAAGUCUAAGGUUUACAGACGGGUGGAUAUGAGCUGUUCUUGAAUGUUACUUUAUAAAGAAAUUUUUUUUUUUAUUAGUUCGUUCAGUUGAAUAGAACCGUACACGUCAGGCCUCUGAUAAAUAUGCUUCCUGUAUAACGGGUGAUAUUAUGAACUCAUGGUCCAAUAUCUGUUGGUAUCUUUGGAUUUAUAUCCACCUCUUGUAUGCUAUUUUAAUUACAUGAAGAUUCUAACAGAAUUUAGCCAUUUAACUUUUUUAUAUAUUAUAUAUUUUACUAUAUUCUUGUGCAUUUAAUAAUUUCUUCUUGCAACACGGACAAUCCGAUAAUACUGUUAUGUAAACAAUUUUGUGAAGUUAUGUUCCAAAAUUUUUCUGCAAAACUCGAUUAUAAUAUUUUAUAGAAG